GAGAUUCUUUGCUUUCAUCAAAAGCUGCAUGGAAGUCAUAUCUUCCUCCUCUCCUCUUCGUGCCUGCAGUGUUCAGGAAUCAUGGUUAAAGGCACCAGAAGACUUUUCUUAAUCUCCAAGCUUCUUAUUCCAAUCAACAGCCCAUGGUUCUUGUCUUAUUUAAAGUCAAACAGUUCCCACAGGAAAAAAGGCAGGAGAAUCAGACAAGAAUUGGCUGCCCAGGUUCUGCAUAAUUGGAAAUUUUGAUUAAGCAAAGGAGGACUUCGGUUUCAAUCACAAUGAAAGACAUACUGGAAUUCUAAAACUAUGUACUGACUAAAAACCAAUCACACUGGAAUUCAGGACGAGGAGCGCAGAGAAGUACUAGAGGAAGAACAGCAGAAUCCUUAAAAGGAGGUACCAAUGGCGGCUGCUGCAUAUGCCAUCAACUCACUUGAAGAAGAUGAAGCACGACGUAGGAUCAAGACAGAGAGAUUAAGAAAUGAUACCACAACCAGGGUGCGAAAUUCUGACAGAGUGACUAGGCGAUACUCUAGCAAGGAAGUGAGAACUGCAGGUGAAACUUCCAGCAGAAAGUCAAAGGAACAGGAUUAUAGGAGACAAGAGAGCGCUUUAACAACUCGCAAACCAGGUCAUUCAUCCUCUGCUAGGCCUAUGACCAUGGAAGCUGGAGACCAAAGGUGGAAGGGAAAUUCUUCCCAACUCAAUGUUGUGGAAACCAAAGCAGAUGCAUGGGAGAAAGCUCAGACGGAAAAAGUUAACAGGCGGUAUGAGGAUAAGAAAGCAUCAAUUCUUGCCUGGGCGAAUGAAAAAAAGCUGCGAGCCAAAAUUAAGAUGGAGAGGAGAAAGAAAGAAUUGGAGCAGAAAAUAAAGAGAAACCAACAAUUUUACCAGGCCAAGAUAGCAAGAAUUGAUCAUGUUGCUGGUGGAGCUAGAGCACAGGCAGAUGAGCAAAGAAGAAACGAGGAAUUGAAGGUUAAAGAAAAAGCAAGGAAAAGGAGAGCCUCAGGACAGGACCCUGUUACAUGUUUCUGCUUCUGAACCACAUGAAAAAUUGAAGACAUUUGAAUCAGGAAGAAGAUCAGAUCUUUAAGUCAGAUAAAAUGCAUUUAGCAACUCAAAAUGUUAAUCAUGGUGAGAACAUGAAAUGAUCUACAGUAUUUCUAUGUGCUAGCCAUUCCCCUAAAAUGUAUAUAUUCUUGUGUGUACUGUACACAAUGGUAUAUAGGUUGAACACAAUAAGAAAUCAUAUGAAUGAUUAUAGCCUCUUGCACUUUUCUGCUAAAUUUUAGGAAA